CAGGAGAAGCCCGCGGGGCUGCAGGCACUGAAAAGAAAAUGUACCUGGACCCAGAAGCAGCCAAAGGGUUGCCGUCCCGUGAUGUCCUUUUGGUCUCAGCCAUCAUCACCAUCAGCCUUAGUGCCACCAUUGUUCUGUGUGGGAUCUGCCAAUGGUGCCAGCGCAAAUUGGGCAAACGCUAUAAAAAUUCCUUGGAGACAGCGGGGACACCAGAUUCCAGCCGAGGCCGCAGCGAAAAGAAAGUAAUCAAGUUACCCUCUGGUGGCAAGGCAGUAAACACAGCACCUGUGCCAGGACAGAUGCAGCAUGAGGAGAGUGACCACAAAACAGAGCCUCGGUCCUCUGUCUCAGACCUUGUAAACUCCCUGACCAGUGAGAUGCUGAUGCUCUCCCCAGGGUCUGAGGAUGAUGAGGGACAUGAUAGCUCCAGCCGGGAGAACCUAGGCCGAAUCCAGUUUAGCGUUGGUUACAAUUUCCAGGAAUCUACUCUGACUGUCAAAAUAUUGAAAGCUCAGGAGCUGCCAGCCAAGGAUUUCAGUGGCACCAGUGAUCCCUUUGUCAAAAUUUACCUCCUACCAGAUAAAAAACAUAAGCUAGAGACAAAGGUGAAAAGGAAGAACUUAAAUCCACAUUGGAAUGAGACCUUUCUCUUUGAAGGUUUCCCUUAUGAGAAAGUGGUACAGCGGGUGCUCUAUCUCCAGGUCCUGGAUUAUGAUCGAUUCAGCCGUAAUGAUCCCAUCGGGGAAGUGUCUAUUCCCCUCAAUAAGCUGGACUUGACCCAGAUGCAGACAUUUUGGAAAGAACUAAAGCCCUGCAGUGAUGGAAGUGGAAGCCGUGGAGAGCUACUUCUAUCCCUUUGCUACAACCCUUCUGCUAACUCUAUAGUAGUGAAUAUUAUAAAAGCUCGGAAUCUUAAAGCCAUGGACAUUGGGGGAACAUCAGACCCCUACGUGAAGGUGUGGCUGAUGUACAAAGACAAGAGGGUGGAGAAGAAGAAGACAGUUGUGAUGAAACGGUGCCUGAACCCUGUCUUCAAUGAGUCCUUCACCUUUGACAUCCCCACAGAGAAACUGAGGGAGACAACCAUUAUCAUCACUGUCAUGGAUAAGGACAAGCUCAGCCGGAAUGAUGUCAUUGGAAAGAUCUACCUGUCAUGGAAGAGUGGCCCAGGCGAGGUGAAGCACUGGAAGGAUAUGAUUGCACAUCCCCGUCAGGCUGUGGCACAGUGGCACCAACUGAAGGCCUGAGAGGCAGAGGCCAACGAGUCGCUCUGAGUUUCAGUGCACCCAGUCAACAUUUAUUGGCCACCUUCUCACUACUUUAUGCACAACAGCUGCACCCAGGUCUCCUCCAGGGGAAAAGCUCGGGAACGACCAGAGGCUAAGGGUGAAAACUUGAUAUAUGUACCAAACUCUGGGAAAGUGGCGCUGGUGCCCAAUGUGCCAGUUCAGCACACAGCACCAUCAGGAGCAUCGUUACUACCCAACCUCCUGCUUUAGCCUUCAGACUUAUGUAGAAAGAAGAGAGAGAGAGAGAAAGAGAGAGAGAGAGAGAGACCAGCCCUCCUGUCAGAAGUGGUCUCAGCACUGAUUUGUUGGGGUUCCCAGUGUGGCAAUGGCACUGGCGUGAUGGGAGGAGACGGGUCUACUACCGCCAUACAAGACUUCCUAUGAGUUCUUCCAGCCAAAGGCCCCUUGGGAUGGCACCCUGUUUCACCAUGAGGAAGCUAGCCACUAGUGGUGGCUGUGCAGUCCAAAGAGGGGG